CACUAGACCCUCGCCACCUGACGAGGGUAGAAGCAUCUACUUCCGGUAGCUAGCCGGCUAACAGCAAGCUAACAACCAUUAGCCUUCGCGGGCUGGACGCUACAGCAGUUGUCGGCUAUUCCUAUUCAUCGCUAAAAAUCUAAUCAACAAACCGCCUCCUUUCUCGUAGUCCUUAUCUGUAAGUGAUACGCCGGUGGUUGAGUUAGUGUAUCGUCAUUUCGUGGCUGUGAGUGACUUUUGACACACCGGUUCUCGACAUGUCUGCGGUCCAACGGAUGAAAGUGGCUAACGAGAAACACAGCAAGACCAUAACGCAGCGAGGACACGUCCAGAAGACCACGCGGGUGGUGAAUGAGGAGAAGUCUCCUGUUGGUCCCUGGCUACUGGCUCUCUUUGUCUUUGUGGUGUGUGGAUCAG